UGGUUCUGCAACGCCGUCGCUUCCUCGUGCCCGCAGGUGAAGCUGGCGGUGGGCGCGAUGGGCGGCGAGCUGUCGCUGAAGCUGCCGUUUACCCUCGUGCACUCGGCGCGCGACAAGGACCCUCUGACGGAGCCGCUGCAGGAACUGGUGACGCUGGGCGGCGCCGGGGAACGCUCCAGCUCUUCGCCGCUCAAGGAGCAGCAGCAGCAGUCGUCUCAGGAGGCGCCGGCGGCGUCGGGGCCGCCCAAGAAGGAGAAACGCAAGAAGACGUUCACCAAGGUGUGGGUUCGCGCGGGCGGCCGGCUCUUCGCGCGGCCCGCGGCGCACGCGUGGCUGGCGUGCCGCGGCGGCCGCGCGGAGACCACGCAGUCGUGCGAGGCACUAGAGAGGACGAAGACGUCAUCAUGGCGUGCACGGAGGAGCCCGGGCGUCCGCCCUGAGGGGGCGGCCGAGGUGAAGGCUGCGAGGGCGAGGGCUGCAGCAUCGCCGGAAAGCGCCCCAUGGGCGGCCUCGCGCUGCUGCAUCCCGCCUUCUGCUGCUUCGCCGAAGCCGCCGCCGCCACAGCCUCAUCGGUCGCCGGGCCCUCGCCUUAGCGCCACGCUCGUCGUCGCGGAGGUUGGGACCACUACGGUUGGUGUAGUACGUAGGGAUGGCAACUGUUUUUGAAAGGGAGCCUUUGUUGUUCGAAAAACGCCUUCUUCUAGGAAGAGUAACUAACGUAUCGGUUGUCGACCUGCGAACUUCUUCAGGGCGAUCGACGAGAAGAUCUCAGUGACAUGGCCGAUAUGUUGGCAACGCUGCGUAUAAUUCUCUUGGAAGGCUAAUACUUCUUUGACUUUGUCUGAAGAAGCCUCGUCUACAUUUUCUUAUUACCAAAAUAUUGGUAUGGCAGUAUAAUGGAGGAAUAGCCGAUAUGUGUUCGAUUAUUAUAUUUAGAUGUUCCGGUACUUUUUCGAGAAUGUGAAACUAUACGCUGAAGUAAAUUCGGAGUAAAUAAAUUCGUCAUUAUUUGGGUUCAUUAAGUUACUUACUAGAGUAAAGAAGGAUCCAGAUGUUUACUACACAAACAUCACCUAGAUUGUUUUUGCUACGAAACAUUUU